UCUCAUUGAAUGCACUAGUUGACAUGUAUGCAAAAGUGGGAGAUCUUGGAGAUUCUCUAACUGUUUUUGAUGAUAUUCCAGAAUCUGAUAUUGCUUCUUGGAAUGCUGCCAUUGCUGGUUGUGUAUCUCAUGAUUAUCAUCAGAUGGCCUUGAAACUGUUUGAUCAUAUGAAAAGAUCUGGGAUUUAUCCUAAUAUGUUCACCUUAUCAAGUGCUCUUAAAGCUUGUGCUGCAUUAGGUGUCCAAGAAUUGGGUAAGCAGUUUCAUGCCAAAUUGAUAAAGAUGGAGAUAAUGAAGGACCCCUUUGUUAGUGUUGGCCUCAUUGACAUGUAUUGCAAAUGUCGUUUGGUGAAAGAUGCCAUAACAGUUUAUGAUUUGAUGCCAGAAAAAGACUUGGUUGCUUUGAAUGUCAUGAUUUCUGGCCACACACAGAAUGGCGAGGAUAGAGAAUCCAUAACCCUAUUUGUGGAGAUGUACAAGAAAAGAAUGGAAUUUGACCAGGCAACUUUAGCAGUGCUUAAUGCAAUUGCUGCUUUGGCCGCUAUUACUAUCUGCAAACAGAUUCAUGCACUUAUUGUGAAGUCAGGUUACCACGGUGAUAAUUUCAUUUCAAACAGUCUUGUUGAUUCAUAUGGAAAAUGCAGGCAGCUUCAUGAAGCAGCUCGAGUUUUUGAAGAAUGCCCCAUUGAUGAUUUACCAUCUUAUACAUCAAUAAUGACAGCUUAUGCUCAAUACGGACAAGGUGAUGAAGCAUUGAAGCUCUACCUGAAGCUACUAGACAUGGAUCUUAAGCCAGAUUCUUUUAUUUGCAGUUCUCUUCUUAAUGCUUGUGCAAAUUUAUCAGCUUAUGAACAAGGGAAGCAAAUCCAUGUUCAUGCAUUGAAACUAGGGUUCAUGUCAGAUGUUUUUGCUGGGAAUUCACUUGUUAACAUGUAUGCCAAAUGUGGGAGCAUAGAGGACACUACUCGUGCUUUCUCUGAGGUUUAUGACAAAACUGUUAUCUCAUGGUCUGCAAUGAUUGGUGGACUUGCACAACAUGGUCAUGGUAAAGAGGCCCUCCAUUUGUUCGAUGAGAUGUUGAAAGAUGGUAUUUCUCCCAAUCAUGUAACAUUAGUCAGUGUCCUUAGUGCGUGCAAUCAUGGUGGUCUUGUUAAUGAAGCUGAAUGGUAUUUUGAGACAAUGAAAGAGCAGUUUGGCAUUGAACCGACACAAGAGCACUAUGCUUGCAUGAUUGAUGUCCUUGGUCGAGCUGGGAAAUUGGAUAAGGCAAUGCAUCUCGUUAAUAAUAUGCCAUUUGAAGCUAAUUCCAUGGUUUGGGGGGCACUUCUUGGAGCUGCCAAAAUUCACAAGGAUGUAGAAAUAGGGCAACGUGCUGCCGAGAUACUAUAUACUCUUGAACCCGAAAAAUCUGGUACCCAUGUUCGUCUGGCAAAUAUUUAUGCUUCAGCAUGAUUAUGGGAAAAUGUUGCAAAGGUGCGAAGAUUGAUGAAGACAGCAAAGUGAAAAAGGAACCAGGGAUGAGCUGGAUGGAGGUAAAAGAUAGCAUAUACACAUUCACAGUCGGAGACAGAAGCCA